AUGCACAAGCCUAGAUUCCGUGGAAGAAUACACCAAGUUGCGUUUUACAUCACAUUGGCCAAGACACUUGUAUACAUCAUAUGUUCAAUCGUAAAGCAAGGAAGCCCAGGGAUUUUGAUAUACCUUAUCUCCCAGAUCGUUUUGUUUGGCAUAAGCAGCACAUACCACACCACAAUAUGGAAGAGCAAAAAGAACAGGCAGUUCUUCCAGAAACUCGACCACAUAUCAAUAUUCAUUUUGAUAUCUGGCACACAAACAUCGGUUGCUCUUACACUGAUUCCACUCGGCAAAUACACAAAGCGCAUGCUAAUGACAACAUGGACAAUCUCUCUUUCGGGCAUUCUGAAGAUCCUGCUGAUGAAUAACUUCCAUACAAACAUCGACACGCUUGUCUACAUUCUGCACGGCAUAUCGGUAAUUCCGUUCUUCAACAUCAUCGUAAAAAGCAUUUCCUUAUGCGAUGCACUUCUUUUUAUACUGGGAGGUGCCAUAUACAUAGUUGGUGGUUGUAUUUAUGCAAUCGAAAAGCCAAAUCCAUCGCCUAAGGUAUUUGGAUACCACGAAGUGUUUCACAUAAUGACUGUGCUGGCAAACUGGUGCUUCUUCGUGCCUCUACUGAAAAGAUACAUCACUGUAUUUCUAAUAAAGUAA